AACUCUCAGUUUAUUAAAGCUUGGAGUUGGAGUUUUGGGGGUUCAAUCAAGUACAUUCAAAGAUGUUUCGGCUGAUAAUUUAAAAAAAAAAUUGAAAAUAAUUAUUUCACAAAACAUUUAUUAUAACAACUGGUAUGCAGUUGUAAAAAGGUUGUCAAAUAUUGAUGGACAGGUAACAAUAAAAGAUUGCUAUCUUUAUUAACUAAACUAAAGUAGGAUUGUCCGUUUUUUUCAUGAUCGUACCUGUUGUCCCGAAAAAGUCUUUUAGGACGCCUAAAUGUUCCGUUUUUUAAACCAAACACAUUUUCAAAUCACUAAAACUUCCUAAUUUAUAAUAUAACUUCAAAUUCAAGUAAUAUUUUGGCUAGCUGUGUAGGCAGUGCCAGUUGUGAUGUGAGCUCAUAUGAUGGCUGCGCUGUUCCCCCUCCACCAUAGUGUCCCUGCCAUAGAUCUUAUAUGUAAAUGUAUAGCGAAAGACAUAAAGACAUGAGACUUGAAGCUGGGGGGGGGGGAGGAUGUAACUUCGCAGAAACCAAUUUUGAUUCAGCUACCGUUACGUAUAAUGUGCUAGUCUUGUGUGUGAUCCCUGCCUGUCUGUUCAUGUCAUAGUGACAGGUGGGUUUUUUUGGGUGUUGAACUUUAUUCUUUAAUUUUAUAUUAUCUUCUCAUAUAGACAAUAAUUAUGCCCAAGCGUAAGUUUAUGGAGGAGUAUUCCAAAGAGUGGAACUAUAUUAAAAAGGGAUGCUAUGUAGCCCAGUGCACAGUUUUCAAUAAUGUUUUUAGUAUUGGUCAUGGUGGAUGUUCAGACAUAAAACACCACAUCACAUCAAUGAAACAUAUGACAUAGGAAAAGACUGAGUGCCCCAAGUAGAUUUCUAGCUUAGAUUUCAUUGUUAAAACGAGCAUAUUUCAAUAAACCCCUCUUUAGCUGGAGGGUAUUCCCCCCAACCACCACCACCAAAACCGUCCAUGAAAGGUCCUGUUUUUUCCAUUUCAUGAUUUAGUCACCCUAAACUGAAGCCUAAAGAUUCUCCAUCACUUAUCACUGCUUUACUUUAUCAAAAAAGUAUAAUACAAAUAAAUAAUUUAAUACUUUAAAACAUAAAAGUCACAAUAAUUCUAAAAAGAUCUACUACUACAACACACUAUGACUAUCCGACAAUAUUUCAAAGACUAAUUAAAUCUUAUUGGAGAAUACUACUUUUUUAAAAAAGUUUAUCUAUGUAUAGAAAGCUCCUUAAAAAUUAAAAAAUAGAAGAUAAUCAUAAAAUUAGGUCAUAAAAUUUAAUAUUUUUUCUUUUCAUGUUUAUGAGUUUCUUUAAUUAGUUGUAUAAUUCUGAAAUAAUUUAAAUGUGUCAAAACUAUUGUAUUUUGUAGUUUUCUUUUUAAAAAUAAUUUUUUGGGGAAUUUGGAAAUUAAUUUUUUUACAAGACCUACUGUUUCUCUGACUAUGCCUUUGAAUGACCAAUGCUGGCAAUAGAUAAUUUUUAUUUGUUACUAGCCAAUAAACCUGGUAUUGCAUUAGGACCCCAAUCCCGGUGCAGUCCCGGUUCCCGGUGUGAUCCCGAUGGGAUCACGUAACAGAUGGGUUCCAGUUUACUGUUGGAUCUCUUGCCCCCUUUGGAUCCUGUUCCUCUAUGGGAUCAUGCUCCGUGCGAUUUUACUUGAAUAAGCUUUUAGAUACCAUUAUAUACCAUUAUAUAUCCCAUUAGAACAAUAUAGAACCUUCCAGAUUAAAUUUAAUAUGAUCCAUGAAACUUGUAAAAAAUUACUUUUCUACGUAAUUAUUUCUUGACUGUGAAAUAUUAUACAACUAAAUUGUACUACUAUAACUAUAGUACAUUUAAAUUGAAAUAGGGGUCCCGGUGGGGCCCAUUAAUAAAGUACUGUUUUAGUUAUGUCUGAGCCCUAUAAAAAUCAUUCAGAUAAAUUAUACAGUUAAAAUUUUUAAUUUGUCCCAUUAAAGUCGGUUUAAAAAUGCCAUAGAUAUAGCUUUUCAAAAUUAUGGAACUUUCUGGAAAAUUCUAGAUUGGAUAUUCUUAGUUUUAAAUCCAACGCUAUUUUAAUACGGACAAUAAAGUGUAUUGCCACUUUGAUAUGCCUAUCCAUCAAUUCCCAUAGAACCUAUUGAUAUUUAUAAAGCUUAUAUAAGGCCCCAGAGGGAUGGAUAUUAUGAGUUCAGUACCCAUUGGUAUUUGAAUAUGGAUAAUCAAGUUUAUGUAUACUAAGUUUAGUCAAGAUCCAUGCAUUCAUGUAGGAUUAUUUUUUAAUAAUUUUAUCUAUAUAGCUUAUAUAGGAUAAAAAAACAAAGAGUUUGGGCCUCCGGCCCCAAACGGAAUGUUAUAAAAAGUUCAUAACCCAUUAAGAGUUCCUUCCAGAUAAUGAUGGAUAUAUGUGCCAAGUUUGGUCAAGAUCCAUCUAUCCAUGUAAAAGCCUUUGUGGAAAUAACCCACAAAUUUUCACUUUUAUAUAUAUGUAUGAUAUGAUAUGUUAUGAUAUUUUAUCUCUCCAUAACUGGAAAAAAUGUAGCUGUGAUGAUCUUAGCAAUAGAAAGUGGCAAAGGUAUAAAUUUGGCUUCUGAAAAUACAAUUAAUUUUCAGGGUUCAUCUGCAUACCAGACCGAUUUUCAAUGGCAUUCAUCUUUCAGAAGCAAAAGUUUCAAACCCCUUCCAGAACAAAUGAUGUAUCCUGCUGGACUGGCAUCUGUAUAUUUAAGUGCGUUGAGGUCUUAUUCUGAAACAGUUUUUAUGCAAUGCAUGGUGCAUGCUUUAGACAUUUUGUAUAGGUGUCUGCUCUUUUGCGUAAUUAAAACAAAAGGAAGGCAAUUGCCAGAAGCAUUCAAUAAGAAUUUUUUUUAACUUUCCAAAAUUGUAGUUCCAAAUAGUUACAAAAUUGUCUAACCAAGAAGCAUUGGAACUCUGAGUAGACUAAAUGAAAUUGUAAAAUGUUUUGCCUUCAACUGCUGCCCUACUCUAUUCCCUCUCCCCUGAGUGAGUCAUUCAAUUAGUGACUGGCGUCAUUGUUGCUUAUUUAAAAACCAAAUAUGCACUGAUAUCGAAAUAACAGUUUUAGAUGUGCUUCUCUUUCUCUUGACCGAACUUUUAAUCUAAUAGUCAAGGUUUCAUAUUGGCUCGCAACAAGGGUUUUAGAAAAUUAUAAUAAUACAUGGAGAUGAAAAUUGCGAUACAAUAAUAUGCUGGAUAUAUUUAAAUUUGUAUCCCUAAUCUAAGUACAUUAAUUUUUACACACCUUGUUCGCCCCGCAUUUGUAUAUUUAAAAGUUAAUGUGAGUACCUAAUAAUCGAAAUAGUUUUUGAAGGAAUAAAAAUGUGGCAAUAUCUGAAAAAUGUGUUAAAAGUCACUCAUCCUCCUUUAUACCAAAUAAAUGUCACUCCACCUCCUUCAUAUCAAGUUAAAGUAACACUACCUCCUUCAUACAAAAUAUAUUUAACCACAAAAAAAACCUUUGAUUAUUGAUAUUUUUUUAAUUUAAAAAAAUAGUUAUUUUAUGUGAAAAGAAAUGGUUGCUACUAUUCCUUUUUUAUAUACCGGUAAAUGAUUUAGAACAUUUCUUGAGUUUCUGUGGACAAGAAAUUUCGAAGACAUUAUAAAUCCAAGAGAGUAUAUAAAUGUAAACAUAUUUCAAAUAUUACAGAGUACAUCUGAAUCUUAGAUGAAUUUAUUUUUAACUUGACAAGCAAGAACAGCCAAUAUGGAACCUGCUUCAGGUAUAAAGUAGUGCAGAAUUUUUUUUUUUACUGCUUAUUUUGCACGUUUUCUAUGUUAUGUGUGUUAAAUUUCAUGUUUCAUGAUAACAGUGUAUACAAUUCUGUCUGAAGCUAAUUUGCACCAUUUGUAUAGGGGGAUUAGAUUUUUUCAAAAUGGGGUAAAAUAUUUAUUUGAACACCUUAAAAAAUUAUUUUAUAUAGUUCUACAAGAAUAAAUAUUUAUAUUCUAUUAUUUUAAACAGGUUUUUAUUAAAAAUCCAUUAAGGUGCUAAAAAUAUAACAAUAAUUAAAACCUAUUACUUUUAGUAUACCUAUAUUUUAAAAUAUAUUUGAUUUCAAAUAAAUAAUAAUUAGAAUUUAAAAGGCACACGAACUUUUGACAUUGCUCUACCAAUUUAAACCCCAUCUAUUGACAUGUCUGGUUAGUACAUCUACCCCAUUUCAGUUAAUUUUUUUUAAUUUGAUUAUUUUUACAGAAGUUUUUGUUUUCUUUUCUUCUUUUAUGCUUCUCCUUUUCCCCAAUUCUUUCUGUGCUGAGCAUAAAGAUUAAUAUCAUUCAGUGGCUUACCAUUAAUGUCUAGUAUUAUUUAUUAGAAUGCAACGCUACUUCAUAUUUGGAAUGGUUAGUUACUAUCUUAAAGUUAAAUUUAAAAUUUAACAAGAUGAAUGCAUUUUCUCUUAUAAAAUAAUUUAAUUACAUUUAAGGAACAGAAACAUUUAAAUGCUAAAAAUUCUAUUUCAUGUUAUUGCAUACUGUUAUAUGUUAUUUUAAAAUUUUAUUUAAAAUAAAUAACUGUUAAAAAUUAUUAUUUAAAAUUUGAACAUAAAUUAAUUUUAUUCUUUAAAGUAAGAAGUGCAAUUUUUAUUUUAAUUGAGAAAAUGUAUGAUCCUUAAUUAAUUACACGUCUCUUUUAUUUCACAAUAAAUUGACAAUAACUUCAGAGUGAUUCUCAUUUCUCACAAUAGAUACUGUUGAAGAACCCACAUUGCAGCAUAAAAAACAUAUUGAGGGACGGCCGGCAGCUUUAUCAGCUGAAAAUGUUUUUGGUAUUCUCAGCCAAGUUAAUGCAUCGUCAGGUGUGUUAAAUCUCUUAAUGCUUUAAAUUUAUCUAUAUUACUAGACCUUAAGAAAUCUAAAGAUGUAUUAUUUUGAAAUUCAUCUGUUAUGUUUAAUGUGAGUCUGUUUUGAAUAUACCCAUUUUAAAUUUCAGUUGCAAUAUUCAUUUAAAAUUAUUUGGCUUUUAGGUUUGUCUCAAUUAUUUUAGAGUUUUUUUUUAACUUUAAAAGCAUGAUUUAUGAUCUUAACAAAAAAAAUGUUAUUGUUUUUAAAUAAUUUAAACAACACAGAGGACUGAUUUGGUGGAAUAAAAUAUAUCUGCCAUUUUAUGCAGGCCAAUUGAGGCCUGAAUAAUCCAGCUAUUAAAUGAAGCAAUGCAAAGGAGUUUAUAUUUUUUCAUACUUAAAAGUUGAUAGCAUUUUGACCUUUGAGUAUUACCAUGUCACAAUUUGGGUGACACUUUAAAAAAAACAAAUGAUCUGAGAAAUACUUUUUACUUUAAAUUUGCACUUUAGAGUAUAUGUUCAUUUUGUAAUGCCAUUAAAUCAUCCGAUCAUGGAUUUUUAAAAUGUGCAAGCUCUUUAAAUGCAUGUAAAUUUACUGCAAUUGGAGCAAACCUGAUUGAUAUUAGUAUCUGUGAUUCUUAUCUCCUCUUUCAGGUGCAGUAAAUGAGCCUGCCCUGCAACACAAGAAACGAGUUGAGGGAGCUCAAAUCUCACUGUCAAAGGAUUUUUUUUCAGCUCCUCCGCAAGGCCCUGAAUUUACUCUGCUAGGUGCAUAUUUUGAUUUUUUUUUUCUCAAGUAUUUGUGAUAAUUUUUCAUUUACAAAAAAAGCUAUCUGAUUAGGAUUUUGUAAAAUAAAUUAUUCUAUAUGGUAAGGUAAAAGUCAAUACUUCCACAAUACUCUGAUAUCUAAAGAUAUAGUUUUUUGGAUAUUGUGUUUGUGUAUUUUUUUGUAAUUUUUUAAGUUCUGCAAGUGUCGACAAACUUUUUUUAGCCAUUAUCACAAAAUUUAUUUGUUUAAGCCGAUGAUACCCGCCCAUUUGAAAGGAAAACAUUUAUAGACUAUUUAAAUUCAACAUGGUUUAUUGAAUUAUUUUAUACAGAGACUACAAUAAUAAAUAAACAAGGAUAUAAUUUCUGUACUUAAUACAAAUUCUCAUUGUGAUACUUAAGGGUUUUUUGGAGCAAAAAAAUUCACUUCAAAUUUUGUAUAAAUGAUUUUUCCUUUGAUAAAAAGACAUAGAUGUGGAUUUUGAUAUCAAAGAGUUUAAGAUACUGUAUGUUUGGGUUAAAUAUUUUAUUUCUAUGCUUUUUUUUUAAAUUUCUGAUUGAAAAUUCAAGUCCUUUUUCAAAAGCUAUGUUGUUGCAAAAUUCUUCAAAUUUUUAGUCUCCUGGUUAAAAAUUUUGAAAGCCUUUACAUAUCUUGAUGUUUUGGGCAUAAGCAGUAGCAUCACUAAAGGGUGCGGAAAUGCAGACUAAUCUGUGACACCCUCACAGGGGUAUGACACCUGACUAGUGAAUUUGACAGAGCUUAAUCAAGUUGGUUUCAUAACACAUCAAUUUUAAAUAAAAGAGCAGGGUGCCACAUUUUAAAUACAAGAGCAGGGUGCCAUAAGAAAAGGGUGCCACCCAAGUAAGAUACCACCAGAGCAAGGUGUUAUCAGAGCAAACAGGCUGGAAAGAGGUCCAUGGGGGAUGUGUGGGUCGGGUGACACAAUGAGUUAACCCCACUAGGUGACUCCAACUCUAAUGACACCCUAUAGCAUAAGAUAAACUUAGCGACUGGGCAAAAAUGAGAUACACAAGAGGAGACGUGAGCAUAUGUUAACUGCCAAGCCACCAGUAACCACAGCAUAUUUGGUAUGUUUCUCUGUAACACAGGCUAGAUGCAGGGACAUGGGGCUUUUAAUAUCAUUCUAUCUAUGCGCACCGGUAUUAACUUUAAGCCCACAUUGCCGCCAAGAUUCUCAUUGCCGCCAAGAUUCUCAUUGCUAUCCCAUUUGGGGUAAUAACCCCAGUUUGCUGACCCCUGAUCUAAAUUAACUUCAUACGUUGCUGAAAGGGAUUAUUUUAAUGUGGUUAGGGAUUUUUAAUUUCUGUUAAAAUGUCGUCUAAUAUUUUGACACUCAUGACUUUUCAAGCAUCAGUGGGUUUUUUUUUUACUACUUCUGUUUUAAACACUCAACAAUGCAGGCAGUUUUAGAGUUGAAUCAUUUCUAAGACCUAUAAAGAAACAUUUUUUAAAAAUUAAGAAUAACACACUUAAUUUAAAGUCACUUAAACAUGUAGGUUCAAAGACCUACAUUUUUUUUUUUUUGGUUGUAUUUACAAAUUUAUGUGAUAUAUUCAAGUAAUUUCACCUUCUUUUUACAAUUAAAUUUUAUUAAUGGUAUCUUAUCUCUGACAAGGCCAGCAAGAUAAAUUUGCACCCAAUGUCUGCUACCAACCUAAGCAAUCCUACUCGGAAGAGAAAAUCUACAAGAAUCGAGAAAACCUGGACAAUGAUGCUCCUCCUAAAAAACAGCUUAAAAUGCAGAAAAGAAUUGUAGGCUUACAUUUUAUUUUGUAUAAUCAUUCUUUUAUAAAAGUGGACAUGGUAAUAAAAUGUUAAUGCUGUGUAGCUGAGGGCAAUUGUUUUUUUCACUGCCUUAACUUACCCCUAAUGUGGUUGGCUCUCAAGCAGUAUAGAUUGUAUUGCAAAAAAUCAGAUUUUAAAAAAAAAUCAGUUUAAAGUAUGUAGUUCCUCUCUUGUUUAUAUUACUACUAUUCAUAUUUUUAUAUUUUACAUUUAGAUUCUAAGCUGUUUCCAACAAUGAGAUUUAGAAAAAUGUAACAUUUUAACCCUGCUAAGUAAGCCUUAGAAGUUUAUUUAUUGUUAUAUGGCCUUAAUUGAUUUUUAUCAUUGAUCUCUAAAUGUAUUUUGGAAUGAUGUCAAUAUAAUGCGCAGUGAUCAAAGCAGUUUGACUAAAAGAAAUAAUGAUUCACAGAAACCACUCAUUAAAGAGCGUCAUCCACCCAACAGCAGAUCACCACCUGGCAGGGGUUACCAGCAGCAUGACCCUGACUCACCUCCCCCUGCGCCCAGGGGUCACAGGGAUAACCUGGAAAUCAAGGUAUUUUGUUGAGCUACUGGGUCACACUGAAUAUAAGUGCAGUUACACCAGAGUUGGAAAUAUGAACCAGUGUUCCAAGACUUUGAUAUUUUGGUUUUAGAACUAGUAUUUGUACCCAACUUCCUCUAACAAUAUGUUACAAAAAGCAUUAUGUAUCAACAAUAGGCCAGCAUUAUGUAUCAACCAUAGUCAAGCAUUAAAGAAAGAAAAAUACUAACUACAGAAUCAGAUCAAGAAAUAAAAAUUUGGAAAAAUAAAUAAAUGAUUGUUUGGGUUGUAUAACAUUUAGAUCCAUUGUAAGAUUUUAAAUAUACUUGACAAAAUGCUGAAAGAGGCGAUUCUCCCCAGAUUUAUCUUUAAAAAUUUAAAUCCCCGCUGUUUAAAAUGUGUAUUCCUUCAUGAUGGAGAGAUUAAAGAAAAUAUGAGCAAGGAUUGUUGUGUAUUUUUUUAGAUGUAUGGAGCAUGUUGUUUGUGUGAUUAAUCACCUCAAUAUUUUUUUCAUUUCAGGAGGCCAUGAAAGACAAAGAUCUGAAAGAUGUUCUUGGAGGGCAGCGAGCAUCAAGCAAUAAACCAGCAUCAUCUCAGACAGAAAGUUCUGGAGAAAAACAAGCUGCCAGCCACCAGGGACCAGUCGGUCACGGGGCCAGGCGUGAUGAACUCAAGCAGGCAAAGAGAGCAACUGUUCCGCUGGAUGCUGAAGCCAAAGCUCCAGAAAAAGCAGCUGACCCAACAAGAGCGACUCACAAACCCCAGGGUGAACCAAAGAGGCCUCUGACCAAUAUGAAUGCUUCUGUACAAACAAAUGUGAAGAAGGGUGUGACCAUAGCUUCUCAUGAAGCCCCGGUAAUUGUGGCUUUUUAUGAAUUUGUUACUUGGGUUAAAAAAAGACAUCAUCACAUAUCUCCAUACAUAGUGUAUUUUUUGGAAGAGAUUUAAAUGGAGCCUGAUUUUAGGUUAAAAUUAGACCUGCUCCAUUUAGGAGAAACUAUAAAUUAUCUUGAUUCCUUAGAAAAGUUUUGAACCACUAUAAUAAAAUUAUUUCUCACCAGCUGUGGUUCCAAACCCUUUGGGCCUUGUGAAGCCAUAAGGGCUCUGCGUAGCUGUGGUUCCAAACCUGGGGCCUUGUGAAGCCAUAAGGGCUCUGCGUAGCUGUGGUUCCAAACCUGGGGCCUUGUGAAGCCAUAAGGGCUCUGCGUGCAAUUCUGAGUGUUUCACAGCAGCUUCAGGAAAUUUCUUAACACCAUUAACUUUUAAGACAAUAAGACAUUUAACCCCCCCCCCCCCCCCCCAGAAAUUGGCUCUAAGAAAAGGUUACGGGUGUCAAAAAGCUUGGGCAUUCUGCUCUCAAGUAUAUUAAUGUAUUAGAAACUUCAGAACUUAAUACAAACUUAACUGUUGGAUCUGAGAGUUGUGUUUACAGUAUUCUGUGUUGUGCCUGAAUCAACUUUGUCAUCUUUGUUGUAAAGAUCAUAUCAGACCUGUUUACUCUUACGAUUUUGGCUUACAAUGUAUUAUUUUGAGGUGUAUACAUUAUAAAUACUGCACGUUUUUUUUCCUAUAAAGAGAAUGUAUUGAAUGAUUCUGGGAUGAUAUUGUACGAUUUAAGAGUUUGAGGGUAAACAGGUCUGUCAUAUAAAUCUGUAUAUCAUUUGAAUUUGUUCAAUGUAUUGAUGAAUGUAAAAAUAAGUAUCACUAGUUUUUGAUGCUGCAUUGGUAAACUGUUUAACGCUGAUUUGACAUGGUCCCAUGUUUUAAACUCGCACCCAUUGGACUUAGUCCCAUAUUUUGAACUCCUUUUCCCAAUUUGACUAGGUCCCAGUGUGUAGACUGUUUGACCCUAAAUUUGAUUUGGUCCUAGAUGGUAAAUUGUUUGAAUCCUAUUUGACUUUGUUCCAUAGGGUAAAUAGCUUGAAUUUAAUUUGAUUUGGUCCUAGAUGGUAAUCUGUUUGACUCUAAUGUUACAGGCUGACUAUGCCUUGAAGUACAAAGCUGGUGUUGCACCUCCAAGGCCACUCCAAAGGGUCUCAGAAUACCAAAAACAAUUUCAGUGGAAAAAUGGUCUGAAGACAUCCCCUCUCCUAGCUGCUGAGCAGGUGAUUUUUUCAUUGUUAAAUGACAGAUUAAUGAGUGCUAAAAUGUCAUUACUGGAAAGUAUUAUAAAACAAAUGUACAACCAUGCUUUUAACUGCAGUUUCUACAUUAAAUUAUUGGUAAGAAAUAUGAAACAACAAACUUCUAUUUAGCUUUAUAUUUUGACAUGAUUUGGCAAUAUAGUUUUAUAAGAAUAAAGUCUUUAGGUGUAUAAUUGUAUAUGCUCUAACAGUAUAGAUGCAUAUGAUUUAGCUAUACAGAUGUAUAUGCUUUAGCUUUAUAGUUUUAUAUAAUUUAACACAUUUUUGGCACAACCCCAUUUUAUAGAAGCUAAGUGACCCCUGACUCCAUUUUAUAUAAGUAUAAGGUAAGUGACCCAUGUCGCCCAUGACACCAUUUUAUAUAAGCUAAGUGACCCCUGACCCCCAUAUUAUAUAAGCACAAGCUAAGUGACCAUGACCCCCAUUUUAUAGAAGCUAAGUGCUAAGCUGAUUUUUCAGUAUAAUGUAAUUAAUAUAAUUUUAAAUUGAAACAUAUUUCAUUGGAUGGAUGAAAUGAUAACUUGUUAAUAAGCUUCACAAUUUGCUGUCAAAGCCAGCCUCAUGUCAUUGUUUAACACUUGUUGUCUUUCUUCUUUCUUGGUUUUUGUCUUACAACUAAAGCAGAGACAUGUUCAAAACUAAAGGAAGUAUUAUGAUAGUACUCAAACCUUAAAAUAAUGAUUACAAAUGAAAAUUGUUUUGAAUUCAAAAUCAUCUUAAGCUCAUUGAUUCCCUGUGUGACCAAAACAUAAAAUUCAUUGCAGCCCUUUUUGCUGUCCCAAAUCAUGGUUUGGGAGCCCUUGUGUUAAAGUGAGCCCAGCCCUAUGCCGGGGUACCGCGCUAUAUAAGACCACUUAUUAUUAUUAUUAUUAUUAUUAUUAAACCCUUUUUUUUUUCAAGUAUGUGUUAUAGAGCACUUUCUUAUGUUAGUAUCAUCAUCUAUUGCUCAAAGAUUGUUUACAACAGUCAAGGCAACCUAGGCCCAUACAAGUCAGAUGGUGUGCCAAAAGUGUCUGAGUAUACCCGUCAGUUUCACCCCUGGCAGCCCAUUGGUUACCAUAGUGACAUUAACCUGAAUGCCAACAACAGCAGCAAUGUGCAGAGAGGUGACAGGAAAGCCCAGAAAAAAACCGUG